GGUGGCCCGCGGCGGGGCCGUGGCCGCGCGGGAGGAGCCGGCCGGACUGUGCGCGCGCCGGGGGGCUCGCCGUGUCCGCCUCGGGCUGCGCCCCUGCGCUGCGCGCUGGCGACCCGGCGCUGGCGCUGCGCUGGGCGAUGUGAGCCGCUGCCUGUCCAGCCGGGGCUCUGGCGAGGAAACUCACUUCAAAAGCAGCUGCACCGAGGGGGAGAUUAAAGCCUUUGCCGCCUUCCAAUCAAAUGGGAGCCCGAGGAGGGUGCGUAUGAGGAACAGGAUUGAGGGAGUGACUAGAAGGCGCAGCGGCGGGAGUCCGGACCACGGCCCGACUUUCGGCUCCAGGGGUGCACAGGGGACCCACACACCAAAUACUCUGUCUCGCUCAGUAAUUGAAAUCUCUCGCGGCGCGGCCGCCUGGAAUCGACGGGAUUUCUCUGCGGUUUGCGCCUCCAGGAUCCGAAUAAAUGCAGCUCGCAGGCAUCCGGCAGGAAACGGCUCCCGGUUCGAGUGUAUGCGGACGCAUCAGCCCAGCGCGGGACGCGAGGUGGCUCCUGGUGAUCUUGCGGCUGCAGGUCCGGCCUCCAAAGGAGACUGGGCUGUGAGCGCCCUCAGGCCGGGGGCGGCACCUUGCUGCCCCGCAGUGCCGGCAGCCCCCAUCCCUGGGGUGGGGGUGUGCUUCGGGAACCCGCCGGGCGGAGUCCGCCCUCGGCGAAAACUGAAAGCAAAUGCCGAGGCAAAAGAAGCCCGAACUUUCUUCGACGCAACUUUGCCACAACGAUCCGGUGGCGACUUAGGCAGGACCGCGCGCUGGUGGGUGCGCGCGCGCAAGGUGGGGCGCCGGCUGAAGGAGGCUUGGGGCGGCCGAGCCUGGCCCGAGGCGAAACCCUAGGGAAGGCGCCUCCCCUUCCUUAUUUCUCGCCAACCCCUCGGCCUCUGUCGGUAAAAAAAAUAGUUUCCAGUGGAUAGCGGACGCCCAGGAUGUGUUGGUGGGGAUCGCACCAGGGAGAAGGAAGCUUUGUAAAAGUUGCAGAAAGACCUCUGCCCAGAAGCGUCCGCCCAGCAGGGCUCGCAGGGAAGGUCGGGGGACCAGCUCGCCUUCCCCGGGGCGGGAUGCCUAGCAAUCGGCUUGGGGAACCCCCGGCCCAGUCCUCUCCGCUCACCUCGAACCCCCGCGUAAAUAAGCCCCGGCGGGCUGCGCUGGAAACUUAGAGGCGCGGCGCCGCGGUUGGCGGGCGAGGCCCGGACGCUGAGCCGGCCCGCAAGGCCGCUUCUGGGCGCGCUCGGCCCCGGCCCUAAGACAGGCUUGCACGGGGGUGAGAGGACGAAGGUGGUUUCAGCUCCCGCUCGGCUGCCUAGACCGUCACCGCCGACCUCCCAGCUCCCUGGAGCGGGCGCUUCCCCCCUGGGAGCCGCGGCCUUGGGGGGGCCGGCGAGGGCGCAAAGUGCGCGCGCGGGCCGGCGCGGGGGUGGGGGGCGGCUGCCGGUCUCUCCGCCGGGCCUGUCGCCGGGCUGGCCGCGGCGGGUGAGUGAUGAGGGCAGAGAAGGGCGCCCAUAAAUCGCGGGUGUCAGGGCGAAAAACUCUCUUUAUUGUCUGCGUGAUGGAUGGGCCCGGGGACGAGACACCAAAUACUUCGUAUCGCCUUUAAAUGGGAACACAUUUUCCGCGGCCAUAAUUCAUGUUUUUUAAAUAGAAAGUUUGAAAUGUUGCCUAUAUUUCACCGGCCCUGACAUAUUUAUGAAUCGCUCCCUGCAUGCAAAUAUCAUUAUUUAAAGCGCCGGGGAGAUCUGGGGGGGAGGGGAGGAGGCACGGCCCCCGUGGCUUGGAGGUGGUGAACCGGGGAAAUGCGAGUGGAGAGGGGGGUGCAUCUCCCUAAAGUGCGGACAAUGAGGCGCAGGGGAAAGCCUUAUCCGGAAGCCGAGCGCACCGGGGGCUCCCCUCCCGCGGCUGGAUCCAGCGCUGCGGCACGGGAAGUUUGAGCGGCUCCGGACCGAGGACCCGCCCCUGCCCCCUGCGGGAAGACCCCGGAGGGGGGGGGCUUUUGCGUCCCUCUCCGAGGCCCUGAUCCGAGCCAAAGCCACCUUUUCCAAGGAGAAAUUUUUUUUAAAUAAAAGAAUUUAACAAACGCAAAUAAUAACA